AUGUCGAAAUCAGUAGUGCGAACAUUCAGUAUUUAUAUACUGCUCUGGCUACUCUCAAUCGUUGCAUACUGCUCAGCUACUAGAGGUCGCAACAACUUUCGCGAGUUCGGCGACGAGCGUACCAGCAUUGCUGACGACGGUCCACAACGAUGGUACUUUGCGGAAUCGCCGUUUAUGAUCGCAAAAAAGCAAAUGAGCGAACGUGAUAUUAAUUCUUUGCUGAGAAACGCAUGGCUUGGAUAA